CGUGCACACACACAAGCCGCACUUCAUGGCCUUGCACUGUCAGGAGUUUGGAGGGAAGAACUACGAGGCCUCCAUGUCCCACGUGGACAAGUUCGUCAAAGAACUAUUGUCGAGUGAUGCGAUGAAAGAAUAUAACAGGGCUCGAGUCUACCUGGACGAAAACUACAAAUCCCAGGAGCACUUCACGGCACUAGGAAGCUUUUAUUUUCUUCAUGAAUCCUUAAAAAACAUCUACCAAUUUGACUUUAAAGCUAAGAAGUAUAGAAAGGUCGCGGGCAAAGAGAUCUACUCGGAUACAUUGGAGAGCACGCCCAUGCUGGAGAAGGAGAAGUUUCCGCAGGACUACUUCCCCGAGUGCAAAUGGUCAAGAAAAGGCUUCAUCCGGACAAGGUGGUGCAUUGCAGACUGUGCCUUUGACUUGGUGAAUAUCCAUCUUUUCCAUGAUGCUUCCAAUCUGGUCGCCUGGGAAACAAGCCCUUCCGUGUACUCGGGAAUCCGGCACAAGGCACUGGGCUACGUGCUGGACAGAAUCAUCGAUCAGCGAUUCGAGAAGGUUUCCUACUUUGUGUUUGGCGAUUUCAACUUCCGGCUGGAUUCCAAGUCCGUCGUGGAGACGCUCUGCACAAAAGCCACCAUGCAGACGGUCCGGGCUGCUGACACCAAUGAAGUGGUGAAGCUCAUAUUUCGUGAGUCGGACAACGACCGGAAGGUUAUGCUCCAGUUAGAAAAGAAACUCUUCGACUACUUCAACCAGGAGGUUUUCCGAGACAACAACGGCACCGCGCUCUUGGAGUUUGACAAGGAGUUGUCUGUCUUUAAGGACAGACUGUAUGAACUGGACAUCUCGUUCCCUCCCAGCUACCCGUACAGUGAGGAUGCCCGCCAGGGUGAGCAGUACAUGAACACCCGGUGCCCGGCCUGGUGUGACCGCAUCCUCAUGUCCCCGUCUGCCAAGGAGCUGGUGCUGAGGUCGGAGAGCGAGGAGAAGGUUGUCACCUAUGACCACAUUGGGCCCAACGUCUGCAUGGGAGACCACAAGCCCGUGUUCCUGGCCUUCCGAAUCAUGCCCGGGGCAGGUAAACCUCAUGCCCGUGUGCACAAGUGUUGUGUCGUGCAGUGACGUGGUGGGAAGAGAUGCCAGCGCCACGAGAGGACCCUUCGUGAGCCCUCCCUGUAGCCGUGUACUGAAUACGCACCUUCAAAGCUGCAUCGAGAACCCACCCAAGCGCCACCUGCUAGACGGCCAGCCCCACACUUUGCUUCAGCCUCCGGACCAUUCCGGAACAGCCUCACAUACCUCACUGUCUCGUCUGUUCAUGUGACAUUAAGUAGAAAUAUUGGUUUUUUAAAAAUAAGUCACAGUCCUGUUGUCAAAACUCUAAUAGACAGCAAAGAGGGUCUGUACCGUAGACUUCACAGUUUUCAGUUUUUAAUGAUUGUCAGUGGAGGGGCUUCUCCAGCACAGAGACCCCACCCCUCCCCCGUGUCCAGAGACCCCCCUCUGCCAGGUGGAGGUGUGUCCAGGGGCUGGGGAAGCCGAGAUGGGCGCUCCCUCUGCCGGCCGGCAGCGUGGCCCCCAGCAUGGCGAAGGGGUCUGUCUCUGCCGAUGCCCCUUCCGCGGCACUCUGCGCCGUGUCACAUGGUUUUUGAAUCACACUGCAGCUGCUUUCCAUUUUUAUAUAUAUAUAAAUAUAUAUAAAUAUAUACUUUUUAAAAAUAAUUUAUAAAUCUUACCAAAACUUAUGCUAAAUGUACUUUCCAGUAUGAAUGCACAAGAGAGUCCCAUCAGCAGGCAGCAUCGGAGUCUAGGAGCUCAGCUGUGUGUCCAUCAACACACACAUUCGUAAGAAAACACAUGGCCUCGCCAUCGUGGGUGAAAUCGGCCCCACAGCACGUCUGCACUGGCGGGCCGUUACUCCCGUGCCGUUCUUCUGUGUAAUAUUAAGAACUGAAUGUGAAGUUUAUAGCUAGCCUGGGUGUACCUUUUAAGAAUUUUGUAAACCGUUUGUCUGUCUUUUGUUACUGUUUUAUGGUGCCAAGUAUUCUACAUUACAACAAUAAUAUCAUGGGAGAAAUAGAAAUAGCCUAGUUUGCUUCCAAUAGAAAUUGCUUUUAACAUGGGCUGUAUAUAAAAAUAUUAAAGAGAAACAAAACUGUACAUUUCCUCAUUGCUCUGCUACAAACAACCCAUGUAAUAACCUUGUUGCAAAUAUUUUUCUCCUAGCACUAAGUACAGCAUUAAAAGGUGAUUAGAGAGUCUGUUGAUGAAACACAAAUAUAUGUUUUAUUGAUUUUACUUUAGAACACUACAGAGUUCCUGGACCGGGUGAAGGCAUUAGGUGGGUGUUUGUUUUUGGAUAAAUCACUACCAUUGCAAGUGACUGCUGUCCGCUGCGGAAUCCGCUCUUGGUGGAAGGACCGGUCCCUGUCCCUGCUGUGGUUGCCACUGUCCGCAGUUCAACACGGAGUCCGCCCCACGGGUUUCAGCUGUUGGUCGUUCUGAGGGCCUUUAGAAGUGACUGGCCUGGUUCCUAAGCAAUAAAAUUGACCAUGGUGAAAAUA